GAAAAAUUUUACCAUUCGUAUAUCAUGGUGGCAAGAUGGUUUUGAUAACUUUACGACAUCCAACAUGGAAGAACUGUCUGCAGAUUACUAUUAUUUCCUGCUGUUCCUUGUUAUCGUGCCGGUGUACUUAUUCUUUCAAUUAUGGGCUUGGCUGGGUUGGGAAUUAUUCAAAAACAAUUAAUGCCGUGUAACGAUUGUGGUGGUGAAAAUUUUUGUUCAAAUGUUUGUGUUAUGACAUAGUCAACACAUGCGCCAAUAAAAACUCGUCAUACGGUGUAAAUACAUGUGUUUGUCUUUUAAUGCAAGUACAAUUUUAAAUAUAGAUAUGGAAGAUAAAACUGAAAAUUAUCGUGGAAAAAACUUACAGAAAGAUUAUGAAUUUACGGAGCCAAUGUCGGAAGACAUGUUUGAAGAUGACUUUCCAAUGCUGGAAGAAGGAGCAAGUCAAAGCUCUUCAAAAUCUAAUGCGGUGUCCAAGGACGGAGAUGGCGACCUGGCGGAGGAGGAACUGGGGUCGUGGCGGGGGCAGCGACUCUCGGACCUGCCCAACAGGCACUGCCCCGCGCUGCCGCCCGUGGCACCUUCGGCCAGCCACACCGUGCUGUUUGAGUUGCCGGUGCAGAGCGGGUGCCUGCCCCGGCCCCACCCGCCCCGGCUGAAAGACAAGUGGGACAGCAACCAUGUGCGAAUGCCCUGCUCGCCCAUGAGCAUGUACCCAGUCCAGAACGAUGGGGCGGACGGCAAGGCGGAGUCGCUGCGGCCUCGCUGGGACAUCAUCGAGGAAGCACUACUCAAGCCUAUUACGUCCAGCCACCAGCUGCAGGAGGCAAUAUUCUCCUACAACGCACGAUACGACUUCUGGGACUUUUCCACCCUUCACUCUUUCUGCACAGAGUACCUGUCGAGCACGGAGUCGGCGCGCUUCUUCACAGUCCUGCUGCCCAUGGUGGUGCAGCUGGCCCUGCGGCUGCCCGCGCUGGUGACGGGCGGCGUGCCGCUGCUGGCCCAGCACGCCGGCCGCGCAGUCAGCCUCUCCCAGCAGCAGGUGGCCUGCCUGCUGGCCAACGCCUUCCUCUGCACCUUCCCCCGCCGCAACUCCUCCCGGCGCUCCUCCGAGUACAGCAGCUACCCCGACAUCAACUUCAGCCGGUUGUUCUGCUCCGCUCGCAAGAACUCCACGUGCUGCCUGGAGAAGCUUCAGUGCAUCGUGCACUACUUCUGGCGGGUCUGCACCAAAAUGCCGGAGGGCGUGGUCACCUUCUCCCGCCAGUACGUGUCGCAGGCGCGGCUGCCGGCGUGGGCCGGGUCCCGGAGCCUGCUCCCGCUGCUCCACGUGUCCAGCACGGGCACCAUCGAGGACGAGGGGGGCGGCUGCCUGCAGGUCGACUUCGCCAACAAGAAGGUCGGCGGCGGCGUGCUGGGCGCGGGGUGCGUGCAGGAGGAGAUACGCUUCGUGAUCUGCCCCGAGCUCUUGGCGGCCCGCCUGUUCACCCAGGAGCUGGACAGCACAGAGGCCCUCGUCGUCGUCGGCUGUGAGCGGUACAGCUCCUACACGGGCUACGGGGACACCUUCAAGUGGGCCGGCGACUACGUGGACUCGACCCCGCGAGACAGCUCCGGCCGGCGGUCGUGUGCCAUCGUCGCGAUGGAUGCCUUGCUGCUGGAUGCCGCCCGGUCCCAGUUCGCCCCCUCGUGCAUGCAGCGGGAGCUGAACAAGGCGUACGCGGGGUUCCACAGCCCGGAGCUGCCCGCGGGGCGGCUCUGCCCCGUCGCCACGGGCAACUGGGGGUGCGGCGCCUUCAGGGGCGACACGCGCCUCAAGGCCCUGCUGCAGCUGAUGGCGGCGGGCGAGGCGGGGAGGCACCUCGCCUACUUCACCUUCGGCGACACGGGGCUGCGCGACGACGUGUUCGAGCUGCACGCCCUGCUGGCCAAGCACGGGGUCACCGUGGGCGAGCUGUGGAAGAUGCUGGUGCAGUACCACGAGCGGAGCAGAGGCGACGGAGAGAUGCUGCAGAACCUCUACCCGUACCUGCGCAAGACCGUCGCGCGCCGCGCGUCCGCAGCCGGGAGCGCGCAAGCGCGAAGAUCCCCGAGCGGCUCCGCGAAGCCCGGGCAUGCGGUCAGGACAGUCGCACAGAGCCCCAGCUGCGAGGCUUCGAAGCGCUCGAGCCCGUCCCAGGGCAAGCCGUGGCCCCGGCAGAAGCUCCUAAGCACGGACGACCUUGAGGCGCUGAGCGUGUUCGUGCAGGACGAGGCGGUGGCGGCCGGAGGGGGGACAGCGGAGGAGGGGAACACGCCCGAGAGCAAGCGCGCAGGGAGGAAGGAGAGGCGGGGGCAAGAGGGCCGGCUGCUCUCCUUCCUGGACGACUGCGACAAGAAGGCGCAGACCACUAUAGUGGACUACUUCCGCCCCAAGUAGCGCCGAGAGCCCCGCCUGCCGCAGACACGUGCAGUUACUCUCCAAGUCUGUGAUGAAAAUUUUAUCUUGCCAGAGGCCAGACUUUUGAGUUUGUCGCGUACUGGUCCCGAGUGGAUUCGUGAGAUCUUUCGAAAUUAUUGUGUUGACUAGAUUUUUAGACUAUGUGUAAGCUUUCGACCAAAAUAAAUGCACGCCUUAAAUUUUAUAUAAUUAAUUAGUAAGAGCAGUAGUUUUUAUUGUGCUUUUGCUUUCAUACGACUUCUUUUUUAUUUUUUAUUAUUAAUUAAAAUUGCAAAACAGUCCUGUUAAAAUUAGUUACCUUAUCUUAUUAGAUGAAUAUUUUAUUAGGAAACUCAAACUUAAAGUUUUUACUUUGCUAUCGAUCCCCAGGAAAAAUGAGGUCUGCUUAGGAAAAAAAAACUUUAAAUUAAAUACGUGCAAGCCUCAUUCAUGUUGAUUCUAACACCUCACAACCUACUGUAUUUAUCAUAGCAGCUUUUUGGGUAGUUGAACUGUUAUACCUAAAAAAACAUAUCAACUUUUACUGUGUCACACCUGUCGGAUCAUGAGGAGGUUUUCUGCUGUGCCGUCUUCUAUGAAGAAAAUGUCAUUCUCAUGAGAGAAAACUGUCCACCCUUGGUUUAAGCAAAAACACACUUCUCCAUUUGGGUUUUUGUUUUUAUAUGUAUUUCUUCAUAAUGGGCCAGUGUGAAUGUAAUUUUUUCAUGCAAAGCGAAUAUCAAAUCAAAGUGUUAUAAAUUUUGCAAAGUCUAAUCAAAUUGCGAAUAUUGUUCUCAGCAAAGCUGUAAUAUAUUUAUGGAAUGAAAUACAGGAUUGAAGAAAAUAAAUAAUGGUUUAACAUUUAUAAUGUUUGAACUGAUUAAGUGGUUAACCAAUUGGGCCCCAUAUAUACAUGUUAAUAAAUACGUAGAGCAUUCAGAAAAGCAAGCAGAGUGCUACCUUUUGAAUUUUUUAAGUAAUUAACUUUAUUCAUGCAAAAAAAUGACAACACAAAGAAAAAUUAUAUUUUCAUAAGCAAAUGUUAGGAUUCCAAUGUUUUAUGGGUUUGUUACAAAUGUGAAGAUUCACAUGAGAAUACCUGAUAGUGAUUUCUGUAGGCCACAGUAAGUUUAAAUUUUUAAUAUUUUAUCUGUAAUUUAUUUACAAACGGAUAUAAAAAAAAAUCCAAGAUAUAGGACAUUCCUCCAUUUUACCAGAUUUACUUGAAUAUAAGACAGUAUCAAAUGUAGGAUCAAUCUCAAUCGCUGAUCUUUAGUUCUUCUUAAAAAAAUUUAAGUAAUAUAUUUAUGUCUAAUAAAGUGAAUGGUAAUAUGUACUGGUGCUUAAGAUUUUAAUUGUUUUAUGCAGUGUUGAUCAGAAGGUUUUGUGCACAGGCUGUUAUAGUUGCCCUUGCAUUAGGUUGGCUGCUUCAACCUUAAAUAGAGUGUGGUUUUAGACUUGUAAAAUGCUGAACCUCUUUCUGAAAUACACAGUAGCACCCUUGUAUACUUCAGUGUUUUGUCUGAAUGUGACAGUUGACUAAUUCCCCUCUUUUUUCCUGUCCCAAAUACAGAAUUACCAUCAUAAUAAAUAACCUGUUUUUGCAUACAUAUUAAAGUGUUGAUGGGUUUGUCUGUAAUUGUAAGAAGUCUUAAGUUUUUGUUUCAGAAAAUAUUAACUUCAGAAAGUACAAUACCCACACAUUCUGUAAGUGUCUGUUCUGUUUGCAUCAAUUUUUUUACUCUGCCUUAUCUUAACUUUAUCUAACAUUUUCAAUUAGAGUUUGUACGUAUGGAAUGAGCGUCUUCUACACUUGUUCCCCCCCCCCCCCCCUCGCUCCCUUGUGGCAUACAUAUUUAUUCACAGUCUUGACUUCCCCUUUAUGCCUGUUCCUCAUCUGUUAUUCUCGAGAGUUAUUUAAUUCCCAUUGCUAUCAACAGCCAGUCUAUUCUAUUCUCAUCAGUGUUUUUAUCUUUUCAGUUUUCACCACCAAAAAUUAUCAAUUUUCCAUGUUUAGAUUUUUUGUUACCGGUGCUCUGAGCUGACCGAAAUAUGAUUCAAAGGUUUUACAUGUUAUAAAUUAGGUUUUCAUGUGGCAAUGCAUUGGUUUGUUGGAAAUAUAUGAGCUGCAAGGCACAUAUAAACUACUAAAAUAUGAAGCCAGUAUUUUUUUUAUUACAAUAAUUAUUUUAAUUAAAGAUUCGUUGUGAAAUUAAUUUUCUUGUAAAAGUAAAGAUGUCAUGUUAUUAAUAUUCGGAACUAAGAGGUUGCAAACACAGAUGUACAGUACAUACGCAUAGUACUUUGUCUAAACAAAAACAUACUAUGUCUGAAAGUAUACAAGCCAUUGUUAAUUUGCUUAUGACAAAAGUUUAUAAAACUCUAAACUUAUACUUCAAUGAAAUGUGUAAAUAUAUAGUAAUUUUAUCACAAAUACCCUACUCCAUAUUUGUGUCAUUAGCUCUCAAUCUUAUGUAAAGUAAGUAUCAAAAUUGUUUCAUACUGUACCAGAUUUAAAAGUGGGCGGGAAAAAUGCUGUUAUAUUUGUUAUGAAAAUGAAACUAUAGGUGCUGUGUUUGAAUUGAAUCAGCUUAAAACUUAAUGUACUUGUAAAUAUAAUUUUAGACAAUAAAUGUUUUAUAUUGAAAAA